AUGGGUCGUGUCUUCUCAUGGGCUCGAUUGCUCGCCGUCGCAGCUGUUGCUGCAGGUGUUGCUGCUCGUGGUGGUCAGGGCAACGAUCAUUCCAACGGACACGGCGGUCACGGCUCUAGCACCACUGCCGACUAUGUCAUUAUCGGUGCUGGUCCUGCUGGUGUUGUCCUAGCUGAGCAGCUUUCUCGAGAUGGAACGAAGAGCGUAGUUCUUAUUGAGGCGGGUCCUGACAGUAUUCACAAUGUCACUGUUGACACUCCGGCCAUGUACCCCUUUAUCACGGAACAAUACUGGAAUUACACAGCACAGCCCGAUGACAACUUGGGCGGAAACGCUCCUGCUCUCCAACAAGGUCGCACCAUAGGAGGAGGUUCUGGAGUCAAUGGUAUGGCUUACUGCCGUGGCUCUGCCUCUUUGUUCGAUGACUGGGCAACUCUUUCCGGAAACGACGGUCUCGCCUGGGAUUCUAUCCUCCAGGACUUCCUCGAAGUCAGCCACUACACAGAAAAUCCUAAUGCCGACUACGAUCAGGUCGUCAAUACUUCUGCUUUCGGUGACGGACCGUUAGAAGUCAGCCGUGUCGGUACCUUGACUGGUUUUGAAAAUCCUUUCUUCAAUGCUUUACAAGCUGAGCUCGGUCUGGAUGAGGUCGAUUUGACUGAUGGAAGCGGAAUUGGUCUUGAUCGAGGAUUGUCUUCUAUUACUGCUGUUAAUCGCACCCGUUCUUAUGGUCGUACCGCUUUUGGAACAUUGAUUGAAAACCGCUCCAACGUUCGAAUUCUUACCUACGCCUGGGCGUCGAAGAUCAACUUUAAUGGUACCACCGCUGUGAGUGUUACUUACCAUGUUGAUGGUGUUGCUACUACAAUUAAGGGUAAAGAGAUCAUUGUCAGCGGUGGUGCCAUCAACACCGCCAAGCUUCUCUUGCUCUCUGGUGUCGGUCCGAAGGAGACCUUGGAACCUCUUGGAAUCAAAGUCAUUGCGGACAUCCCUGACGUCGGCGCCAACCUCCGUGACCACGCUUUUGCCAUCAUUGAGCUUGACGUCAUCCCCGAGAUUCUCACUCUCUACCAAUGGUUCGAAAACGCUACCGUGAAUGCCGAAGCUAAAACCGACUACGCUGCCAACCGCACUGGAAUCCUCGGUUCUAACAACGGUUUCAUAUACGGUACUUACCGUCUUCCUGACUCGACCUGGGAUGGCAUCAAUGGCACUUACUAUACUUCCUUGCCUGAGGACCGCCCUCACAUUCUCUUUGAAUUCUCUUCCUUACCUUUCCUUCCCACCGACGGUAGCGCUCUUACUACCUGGGCUAGUCUCGUCCAACCCGAGGGCUCUGGAUAUGUUUCUAUUAAUACCACCGACUACACCGUCGAUCCCUUGAUUUACACCAACUACUACGCCACCAAGGCUGACAGGGCCGCCAUCAUUGCUGGAUACAAGCUGUUGAUGAAGAUUACCCAAAACGAGCAAAUUCAAGCCGUCACUGUCAACCAGGUCUUCCCUACCACACAACUGACCACUGACGAGGAGAUCUGGGCUGCAAUCCAGUCUCAGACAUACACUUUCCACCACCCUAUGGGAACCGUGGCUAUCGGAAAGGCUCUUGACAGUAACUGGCGAUUGAACGGAUUGAGUGGUAUCCGUGUUGUCGAUUCUAGCACUUUCCCUCUUCCAGUCACUUGCCAUCCGCAGGCUACUGUGUAUGCUUUGGCUAACAGAGCUGCCAAGGACAUUAUAGCUGCCGACUCUAAGAAUUGCUGA